GGGGGGGGGGGGCUUUAGUGGAUCCUUUGCUAAAAGAUAGACAUUUGCCGGGAAAGGGGAGGGAGCCGAAAAAAACAUUGCAUGAUAGUCUUUAAGCAGUUCCAUCUGUCCGGCAGAAAUGUCAGCCUAAUAGCCUGUAGCGCUUCAGCCCACUGCCCUCACUCCCUUUCUCUACCUGACUCUGUCCUAUUAAAUCUCUCCACUCCUCCCCAAAAAAAGAGAGCAGAAAGUCAGGAAAAUAGAAGAACUUGUGCAGACCUAAGUCAACGGGCUAGUGGUGAUGAUGAUAAUGAUGAAGAACAAGCCCUAAUUAAAGAGGGAGAAAAAACAACCCCAGGCACUCAGUGAUGUGGAAAAAAGGCUCAUCAUUCUGGUGUUUUUUCUAAAGACGGCGCGCUCUCUGAGCAGUUGACUGCCGCUCACCUUGCCACGGGGUCUGCUUGAGAUUGGUUCAUUGUCAAGGUUUUUUUWAUUUUUUUUUACCCAUGAUUCCAUAUGGUAUGGAGCAGGCUACAUGUUUCCCAACAUGCCAGUGCGAAUGUUUUCUCAAUUAGGCGUCUUAUCUCCGGUGAGUGCGCUAGCAUCAGAUGAAGCUUGCUGACAGUGUAAUGGCAGGCAAAACCACGGAAGGCUCCAUCAAAUGGCAGCUCUGCUACGACAUCUCAGCCAGGACUUGGUGGAUGGAUGAAUUCCAUCCUUUCAUCGAAGCUCUGUUGCCCCACGUGCGAGCGUUUGCCUACACAUGGUUCAACUUGCAGGCCCGCAAGAGAAAGUAUUUCAAGAAGCAUGAGAAGCGCAUGUCUAAGGAAGAGGAGCGCGCGGUCAAGGACGAGCUGCUCAGCGAGAAGCCUGAGGUCAAGCAGAAGUGGGCAUCACGCCUCUUGGCCAAGCUCCGCAAGGACAUCCGGCCAGAGUUCCGGGAGGAUUUUGUGCUCACUGUCACCGGGAAGAAGCCCCCGUGCUGCGUGCUGUCCAACCCCGACCAGAAGGGUAAGAUGAGGAGGAUUGACUGCCUGCGUCAGGCAGACAAAGUCUGGAGGUUGGACUUGGUCAUGGUCAUUUUAUUCAAAGGUAUUCCCCUCGAAAGUACUGAUGGGGAAAGGCUGGUGAAGUCCCCACAGUGCUCGAACCCAGGGCUGUGUGUGCAGCCUCAUCACAUUGGAGUUUCUGUGAAGGAGCUCGACCUCUACUUGGCCUACUUUGUUCACGCAGGUGUGAUCAGCACUAAGGCCCUGUGUCAGCAGUAA